CACUCUGCCACGAGCGUGACGAGCCCCCAGUGUGUUUUUACUCGGGACUGAGUAAACGAGAAGCUUGUUGUGUAUCAUAAUAUCGUAACAUCGCGAUCUACAAAAUCAGGGUGAUUCUAAAAAGAAUCUAUUCAACCUAUCUCAAGGUCUUACCACUUAACCAUUUCAAUUGAAAAUCAAUUUCACCCAUUUUUUUGUGCUAAACAGUGAAUUCAAUGAUUUUGUGAUAGUGCAGAUAUGGAUAGAACCAGGCUGGAGAAUUAGUAUCAAAUAGACCAUCAGUGUAAAGUGAUUGAUAAUUAUUUUGAGUUUACCGAGGUGACGUAAGAAUAAUCGAAGGACCAAUUGUCAAGAUGCAUACGUUAUUUGGUGAACAGAAUGCGUAUUAUCGUCAUGCGACGGGUGUACCAGUGAGUAUGGGAACACCAUCGUAUCCAGGAGUUGGUGGAGCACCGGGUUAUUACGAGCAAUAUCGUUAUGGAGGAUAUGCAACAGCAGCUGGAUACCCAGUGCCUGGGAUAGGACAGCACAAUAUGCAUCAUCCUGGUAAGGACAUGGUGAAGCCGCCCUAUUCUUACAUUGCCCUCAUAGCAAUGGCUAUUCAGAAUGCCCCAGACAAAAAAAUAACUCUCAACGGAAUCUAUCAAUUCAUAAUGGAGAGGUUUCCCUACUAUCGUGAGAACAAACAGGGCUGGCAGAAUUCAAUCAGGCACAAUCUAAGCUUGAACGAGUGCUUCGUCAAGGUACCGAGGGACGACAAGAAACCAGGUAAAGGUAGUUACUGGUCCCUGGAUCCAGACAGUUACAACAUGUUCGAUAAUGGCUCCUAUUUGCGGAGGAGAAGGCGAUUCAAGAAGAAAGAUGCCCUAAAAGAGAAGGAGGAGGCACUAAAACGACAGGGAAUUGUCACCGAGAAGAGAGAGGAUGCGAAAGCGUCGGCACUACAGACGGAUUCGGCGAAGAAGCUCGGGGUUCAUGAGUGUAAACAACCGAAAAGAGAGCCCUUGAAUGACCAGAGCCAUUGUAUGGCAAAUUCCGUGGGUAAAUAUGCCAUUCAGGAGGGAAAGACAGCCACAACAACUGCCAGUGUCAUUCAGACUAAUUUGGCACACCAACCGACGGCUCACCAGGUCCAUCAGCCCCAUCAAGUUCAUCAGGAUGUAUCGAUGAAUGAUGUCAAUCUGGGAUUGGAUCCCGCUGGCUUCAGUGUUGAUGCACUCAUGACCACCAGUAGGGAUCAUCAUCCUCAUGGCAUUCAGCAUCACACAACUCAUUCUCAUGGUUCGGUUAUGGCUGCUACACCUGCUGUUACGACGACCAGCAGCACCACUGCUGCGGUCGCUGCUAUGAUGGCAUCCAGUGGUUAUGGACAUGUUACACCCUCCAGGGGUAAUUCCACUCCUCCUGGGAGCAUGUAUUCACCUUAUUGCCCGAGCGCUGCCACGGGGUACAUCAUGGAGCACGCGGAUUACAAUGCACCAAGUAGAAAUCACAGUGGGGCGCAUUCACAGUGGUACCAGGAGGCUGCCAGUCCUGAUAAUGCGGGCAUCUAUCAGGACACUCAGUCACCGAGUUGUCAAUUGUACAGGUCGAGUCCACCAACUCCGUUGUCCUCGAGUGCUGCUCCAUCGCCACCACUGUAUCACAGAUACUACCAGGACUGCAAUGCAAUCAGCACCGGUGGAAAUCUACCGAUAACGCUCCACAAAUACUGAGAUUACCGUUCAUCAAGGUCUCAUCGGGACCUUGAAGCAAUCACUAGCAAUCAUUCACACAAUCAGGCUCAUCAUCAUCACGAGUAUGACCCUGGCAUGGUCUACAUAAAACAAGAGUGGACAUCGCCGGACGAGCUCACGAAAGAAUGGAACUGAAAUAGAGAAAUAUCUCUGGCAAACCCACCGAUGGAACAUCAAAUUUGUUUCAAUGUCGAUACAUUUUGCUAAGUCAAGGGUUUCUCGCAUCUGUGCAAAUUAAUCGUUCAACGUACACUUGACCUGGGCCAAAUAUUUCGCCACAACACCCAUUUAUCAGUAUUGUUGUUGAGGGAAUUGUCAUUUCCCACUUGCAAAAAUUUUUCGUUAUUUUUACUUUUUUUUUUGUUGAAUAAUUGUAUCUUUCUCGUUUUGAACACCCGCAACUGUGCAAACGGAGACCGAUGGGCAAAUAAUCGACGCAAUGGGAAUAAUUCUUAUUCAUCUCAUUCUUUCCUCUUUUUUUUUUCCUGUGUUUACCAAUCGUCUGUAAUAAAUAUGUUGUAUCGUACCCGGAGGAGACCCAUAACGCGAGGACGAAUCAAAGUCGUUUCCUCGUUUGUUAAAUCGAGCUUAUGGUUUUCCUUCGGAUCGACACAUCACCGAGCAUUUAUCCAACUGUAUAAAAAUUUCUAAUUAACGUCAUUCCUUUCUCUUCUUAGCGUGAAUUAGAAGAAUUCUGGAACGUUUUCGCAAAAAGAGCUGAGAUAUAUUUAUUGAUAGUAAAUAAAGAGGUUCUAAAUGAAAUAAAUAAUGUGAAUAAAUAGAUAAAUCGUAAAUGUAGGAACAGAUUAACGAUAAUGUUGUAGUU